AUGAGCUCCAUAUUUGACUAUUUGACGUCUUCCGCCGUCAGUUUGACCGUGUCGGGAAACACGGGGAUCAGUCCCUUUUUCACACUCUUCCUAAUUGGGGUCAUUGAGAAAUCGGAUCCCGAGUUGUUGCACAUGGAUGGAUGGAUUGAAAAGGUCUUGAGCAGUUGGAUUGCAAUCAUCAUUUUAGGAAUUCUCACUGGAUUGGAGUUUCUCGGCAAAUGCAUUCCCGUCCUCGAUGAAGCCAUUGAUUCGAUCGAAGUCUUUGUGGUGCCCGUACUGAGUAUCUUUGGCUCGUUGGGGACUCUGGGAUUGCUGGAUGCCGCACAAGCCGCCGCUGCGGGAGACAGACGAUUGCUGGUAGCGGAUGGAGUCUUGUGGUUUGUCAAAGUGGUCUUGGUGUUGACGGGGAUUGUAUUGGCACUCUGCAUUCAUCUCUUCAAAAUGCUCAUUCGGCUCAUUGGAUUGACGUGCUGUGCCGGAUGUUGUCAGCCAUGCAUCACCGUCGUCGAAAUCUCCUGUGUUCUAUGUGGAGUACUCCUGGCCAUUUUUAUUCGACAACUUGCCAUUAUCACGUGUAUCAUUCUACUGGGAGCCGCGGGGUUUGCCAUUUACAAAAAGUUCUUUGAAAACAAAGAAGACGACACUCCACAAACUCAUACCACUGCUCCCAACAUGGAUAUUAAUGCAACCACUACAACCGACAACAACAAACCGAAUACUCCCACCAGCACACAAGCCACUAGUCCAAACCAAAACAACAAUGCCCCUACAGACGUCGAAAAUCAAGUCGAAAUACCCGUCAUUGUCAUCCCAUCCACAAUCGACACUGCUGAAAGCAAUGGUUCCGAGCUCCCACCGCCUAUUCCUCCUCCAUCAUCCAACCCGGAUUACAUUGAGGUACAAUUAUCCACAAGUCAAGAAGAAGACAGGAAUGACAACAACAACAAAAACAAGAAGGAAUCCAAAGACAACUAG